GCACAAUAUUUCUUAAUUCGUACUUCUUCUGCUUGCAUUAUAUUUAUAUCAUUAAAUGGUAUCGGCACUUCUCCUUUUUCCUCCAAAUAUACUUCAUUUAAUGGAAUUCUCCAUUUAUAAGCAAUAUUAUGUAAAACACAACAUGCAUUUACAAUUAGAGCUGUAAAGAAUAGAUUUAAAAAAUACCUUUUCUUAUCUCAAUUAUGCACUAUAAUUAUUUACAUACCAGCAAAUUCUGGUGUAUAAUGUAAUGUCCUCUCUUUUAAUAUGUAUUUUAAUACGUAUUUUAAUCGCGCUCUACUCUACAUAACAUAUAAUGCAGUAGGAUAUACGACACAUUUUGACAUUAUUCGACACAAUAAUUCUUGUCGAAUAAUCUCACGUGAAAUAUUUCGUGUUUUCACUAUAGUGAAAAUUAGCCAAUCAACUGAAUGCUCACUUUUGUCAUUUUCAUCCAGACCUUUGGCGAUCUGUCUAUUAAUCUGUGUCUUGGAGAAAUGAUAUUCUUUCGCGAAAUUGUUUUUCUUACUAUUUAUAAAAAUAGUGUUAAAAGAACCGGAUUCUAUAAUUUAGUUUUUGAAAAAGUUUAGAAUAAAUAAAAUACUUUCUCUGACAUUCAUAUGGCCAAUUAUAUCCAAUCGAUCUGUGACUAGAUGUGACUAGUUGCAUUGGUUUCCAUAGUCUUUCUCAAAGUGAGUGAAAUAAACAAUAAGCAAUAAACAGUAUAUGUGUUAUAAUAGUGCUUGCAUAGUCAAUAACAAGAAAUCCAAGGAAAAUGGUGGCAUUCUUUAUGUGAUAGAUUUAAGUGACAAUUAUAUAUUAAAUUACAUACAAGAAUAGAAACUGUAAACAAAAUGAGGGCUAUAUUGAUAUUCGAUCAUCUGAACGAUGUAUUGUUCGCAAAGUACAAUAAAAAAUUUGCGAAUCACAUUUUGAAACUGGCAAAGAUGCAAGGAUUGCUUGAUGAUGAUAAGGAUACUAAAGACUUAGAAAAUUCCAUACCGAGUCCCAACAUCAUAAUGCAGCUGUUUUCGCCAAUUGUUACCUCUCAACACGUGAUGGCUUCUCAAUUUGGAAACUCCUAUACUUCCAUGAAAUUCCAAGAUGGAACAAACAUGGUAUUUGAUGAAUAUAUUGGUUACACCUUCAUAUAUAUUGCCACGAAAGAGGUAGAGCUCAUGAGACGUACGCUGGGAGUAUGUGUAUCCAUUGUACGGCAUGUGUGUGGUCCAGAUAUUGCAAUAUUGAAGACCAACUGGCAGAAAGUGUGCCUGGUAUCUUCUUUGUUGGAUGCGUGGUCUACUUUAAGAAAUUGUGAACAGAGUGUACUGACAGAAGCAGUGGAACAGUUGUCUGUGAAUGCAGAAGUAGCUUCCUCAGUUCUCAAGGUGCUGCAUGAUGCCUGUGACAAGCUAAAGAGUUCACAACCUGAAUUUAGUAAUUUGCAUGUGCUGCUCUUAGUGGGUUCUAAGUUUUUGUCACUGUACUCCAGCAAAAACGCUCAUGAUUUGUGUGCUUCCGAUAUUUUGUUAAUGGUACUACUAUGCUGGGUGAUAAAUAAUAAACGAAAGCAUGAUCGAUUGGAGAGUAAUGACGAUAGUGAAGAUAAUGAUGAUGACAGUGAUAUCCUAUUACCAGAAAGUAGUGCUUCCAAAAGCGAUGAAACGAAAUUAAAUUUUGGAGCUAAACUGGCUACUCCUACUUCAGAGGAUAUUACAAAUCUCUUUCGAGGUUCCAGGGAUUCUUCUGUGAAUGAAGGUUUUUCAUCAUUGACUGAUGAUGAUCUUUAUAGUGAAUUGCUUCUUCUUGGCUAUCAGCACAACUAUACAGCUAAUGCAGUUCACAUUUUCGAGUUAUCAGACUCCAUCAAUCUGAUAACAAUUGUCGAAGCCACAAAUAUUUCCAUUUCUUCAGGAUUAUGUGACAGUUUUCAUUAUUUAAAUCUGAUAAACAACUUGCAGUUUCAACAAGAUCUCGACGAAUUGAAGCCUGCUUUUGAGAACCUCGAUAUAGCAAUAAAAAAAGUGCUGGAAGGAAUAAAAAAAAAUCGUUCUAAUGUUGGUAAUGAUGUCGAUAUGUGUCAGAAGAGAUUGCAAACUAAAUGGGACUUUGUCCGGAAAAAGUACAACGAUUUGUUGCGCUCCAGAGAUCUCGAAGUGGUUCUGCAGAUCGAGGCUAACAUUUCUGGCUUCCUGGAAACUUUGAAAGAAUUAUUACGUUUGACCUGUUUUGAUAGGAAUUUUCUGAAACAAGGAAUCGAUGUUCUAACGACAGUUGGAAGACUUGUGAGACAGAAGCUAAAUGAUUUCAGCGAUUUUCUGAAAGUUAAAGCUCUGAAGAACUUCACUCUAGGAUCUUCCCUAACUAUCAACAAGUAUCUUGAAGAAUUUCCGGGUCUGGUACACUUUAUUUACAUCGACAGGACAACCCAUAGACUCAUUGCACCCACAUUAGAUUUCACGAGUACAGAGACACUCGCACUUACGACAAAAAAAAUUUGGAACAUGGUCGAGCAAAGCAGAAUGCAUUUGCAAAAGGGUCAUUUAUCAGUUAUGUGGAAAGAUACUACAUUCAAUUAUUCCUAUUUUCUGUGGUUCGAGGAUAAUUCUAGUUGUUCACCGCCGAAAUGUAAAGUUUAUCUCAAUUAUGUGAUGAAAAUUUUUCCAGUACCAGGUAUACUUUGUGGAGAUUAUUACAGAAAACUGACAGAGACGUGUUUUCCCAAACUUUCGCCAAGCAAGGUUCGGAUUUACGAAUUGUACUGCGUACAUUUGGGAUUGACCACAUCAACUUGCGUCUUGGAACAUUCCCGAAGGCUGGCAGCCACUAUCUGGGAAGUCACCGGGGUACCGAGCAAUCUUGCAGAUAUAUUCUAAAGCGACAUUUCCCAAACAAAGUCUUUGAUUGACACCAUGUCGUUGUUUCAUUCUUUAGAUCUUGCAUUUCGAUAUUUUUCAAGUCGUUAUUUUAACAUUUGUGUUUUUA